AUGGCAAAGGAGUUCGUCUCUAAGCCAUCUUCUUCUUCUUCCGGCAGUUUCGACCUCAGGAGGUCGCUGAGGACUGCCAGGGCUCGUCCUUGGUUGGUCAACAGCGUCCUUCGUGGAAGGUCAACGGCCGCUGGUGUCAAGGAUAUUGAGGUCGCCCCCUCAUUGUCUGCGACCACCACUGUGACAAUUGUCUCGGACUCUCCGCCAACCGCUACUGUCGGGUGUGAACCAGAGAAGCAAUCGUCAGACAACACGACCGCCGAGGCAAAGGCUGCGACUUCUGUCAAAGCCCAAGCCAACGCAAAGGCCAUGGGAUCUAAGAUUCCCGUACCGGUUACACCGGUCCUUCAUAGCCCGUUGUCUCGGCUUUGUGGAUCUAUCUCACUUGACAAGGAAGGCGAUCUGGGAAAGGACAAGCCAACCGCUACGCCUCCUACCGUCACAAAGGAGGCAGCCUCGGCGUCGCGGAUCCCGGUUCGCAUCAAGGUUUUGCCUUCUGAGCCCCGGCCUGCUCUAGAGCAGGAACGACCUAGCAAGCCCCUUGUUGCUCAUGCCAAGAUCGCCGUCGACAAAGAGGCCGGCAAUUUCAAAAAGAGAGGGACUGUGGGUGGUGGCUUCCACCCCCUUGUUCGACGACCAGAAGCGAUGUCGAUCCAGAAUUGCAUCAACCCGGAGCCAAUCAGGAGCCAUCGAGCUGACCUCCUGGUCAAAUCGAUCCUGAAGCACCGUCUUGAUCUCUCUGAGGAGACAGAGCGGACUGCACCGACUUCUGCCGGCCAUGGAGUGACAUCCGCUGCCCCGGAUCAGAAGAAGACUGUGACAUUUGCCCCGACGUUGAGAAUCACGCCGGCCCGUUGUUGGCCAAAGCACAUCGUCCCUGAGUGGCGUUGUCGUGAGUGUGAUAGCUGUGGGCAUUUGUCGUGGUGUCGCGAACUUGUGGGUGCGAAGCUAGGGCUGCAGGCUACUGAAGUCUGGCUGAAGGAUCAGCAGAUCCGAGGUCAUGACUACUUGAAGCAUUCAGGAGGCUUUCUCAGCAAGCAAGGUUCUCAUCCUCCCACGGAACUAUGGAGUUUUUGA